AUGGUACUCUCGUUUCUGGUGCAAAUGGGAGCCGCCCGCUUCGACGAAACCGAACGAAAACUUUUGAGACGGCUAUUUCUGAGACGAUUCGGGUUGGACGACCUGAUGGAACAGAGCUCACGGCCCCUCAAACUCGAUGUAAGUUUGGAAGUAGCGGUUACUUAGCCUAGCUGUUUUACUGUGCAAUGUAGAGAACCAAAAAGCAUACAAUAAUAUAGUAGUUGCUACUUUCAGAUGCCCGACUACAUUUGGGAGCUCUACGAGAAAGCUCAGGAAGAAGAUCAAGAUAUUGUACGACAUCACCUACCUUCACAGAAGUCUGGGCCUGACAUUGUGUUUGAUCUUGGGGUACAACACUCAAGCCUGGAUGAUGAAGCGGUUGAUAAAGCAAUGUUAAGGGUGGAGCUGCCUCGAGGGAAAGUGUUACGCGGUAUAUUUACAGUAUCAAUGACGGGUUCUUCUAGUGUUCUGGAUUCUAAAAUACUUCCACAGUUCUUCACACGCAACAACUGGAUCGAUCUGGAUAUUACCAAGGCUUUUACUGCCAAUGUCAAACGGGUAUGUUAGGUAUAAGGUUUUUUAUACAGUCUUUAAUAAUAUACGUACCUUAUAGUAUUUUAGCAUAUAAUACAAUUUUAUAAUGUGAAAGUUGCCUAAACUCAACAUACUGUACUUUAUCUUACUGUAAAGCUCUAUGUUAUAUAUAUUUAGCUACAGUACCCACCUCUUGUUUACUAAACAACCCUUUCCCAAGUAAAACAAGUUAUAUUUACUUUUCAGGUCGCCUUGACUGUCAACUUCGUGGCGGCGUCUGAAGCCGAACCCUGGACAAACGCUUCGGAUUCGGCGGCGUUGAUCACUUUUAUCCACGACAAACGGAACCCCCGGAAGCGGAGGAAACGGAACACAAAGAAUCAGAAGCGAUCGUCCCAUCGUAAGCAUCGCAAACAACAUGUGAUGGGGUCGUACGAUGGUACACAGUGUCGCCGUACCAACUUGUACGUGGACUUUGCCGAGCUCAACUGGGGCGACUGGAUCAUUGCACCAGGUAGGGAUGGCACUGGUAGUCUUUAGACUCGGAAUUUUAGUUUAAAUGUUCACUUAGUGAAAUGAUGUUACUUUAACUUACUGUAAUGUUUUCAUUGCAAAGUUGAAUUCUGUCGUAAGUAUCAUAUAAGCAGUUGAUCCUGAGGUAAAUGUCAUAUAGCUACAAGUAGCUAACUACGUACUUUCAGCCGGCUACGACGCCUACCAAUGUCAAGGUAGAUGCUCUCACCCGAUGCCUUCCCACCUCAACACCACCAACCAUGCCAUCAUCCAGUCUCUGAUACAUUCCGUCGAUCCCUCCGCUGUUCCUCCGCCGAGCUGUGUGCCGGUGGAGACGUCUGCCAUUUCCAUUCUGUAUCGCGACGUCAACAACACAGUGGUUGUGAAGACAUACGCCGGCAUGAAAGUAGAGGCAUGCGGCUGUCAUUAG